GCAAACAGCUGAUUUUAUUUGUCAACAUCGGUGUCAACGCGGGUUCAUUUUAAAUUUUAACUUUAAUUUAUAAAUAAAAGUUUUGUGGGACCUACAUUUGUCAACAACAAUGAAUCGGCGAAUUGCACGUGCUCCGGGAAACUUCGUCCGAGGCCGGGCACAUGGAGGAGGCGCUUAUCGUCCGUACUUUUAUUUUCGUCGCAACGGUCGGACAAUACCAGCUGGUGGCCGGGGAGAUUGUCAGGCAGCAGGAAGCGCACCGAGAGGUGGCGGUUGGCGUGGACGUCGUCGUGGGUCACAGCGUAACGAUAAUUCCUUGACACAUCCACCAGACAUCCGCUUAGAUUCGUCGUUCCUGCGACCUGAAUGUUAUGCAGCGCCGGAAGAUGCCCUACAUAUGGCACAAAGCAUUGCAGUUGAUAUGCCCCUACAAUGUCCCGGUUGGCAUAUGUACUUUCAACAAGAGCCGUACAAGGAGGCAUCGGAAGUAGCCGUACGAAUUAAGUCAGUGGAAGAUUACUAUAAUCGACAAGAAGCGCUUUAUGAUUUGAAGCAAAUACAAUUUGCAAAGUGCUUUAAGUUGGAGGAGAAUAAAGUUACUGCGGAUGAAUUACUUAUGAAAGCGUGGCCACAUUUGAAACAAGAUAUGUUGGCGCAUACGCACCGCACAUUGGCAACAUUCGGCGUCGCUAUGCACAAAGUGGUGACAAUGGCAACGGUGGAUCAUUUGUCGAGUCAACGAGCGUGUAGCAAAGAUGUCUACGUGCCGCGCUGCACUCUACCACGAAAGAUAUACGUGAGACCAGCGGGUUUUCAAGAACUUAGUUUAAUAUCUGAUGUGGAUACUUCGGUUGUGGAUAGUAUGUGCAGAGUACGCGGCGUAGUGUCUGCUAUAGGGCCAGUAGAAGCGAGCGCCUCUUGGAUAGCUUUCAAAUGUUCGCGAUGCGGGCAGGAGCAAACGCUAAAGCAAAGUGGAUUCUAUACUUCGCGCCCAUAUUACUGCAAGCGCGAAGGAUGCAUAGCAAAGAAGAAUUUUAUAGAGCAACGAUCAUCUCCUUUUACUCGCAUCACUCCUUUGCAAAUAAUACAACUUCAAGAGAACAAUUUACAGUCGCCUGGCGACUCUGAAAUGGGAAAUCAAAAAACCUUA